AACAUGAAACGGCGUCGUAUGUAGGUGGUUCCCAAAAUCCUUAAAGGAGACCGGACUCUCUUCUUCCCUCUUCCCCAGUUGGCAGAAACCCUAAACUCUCUUUUCCUCUCGAAUCUCUCUUCCUCUCGUAUUCCAACAAUGGAGUUCUGGGGAGCUAAAGUUAAGGCCGGUAAGACUCUCAAGGUGAAGCCUGGUGAAAACUGUCUCAUUCACAUCUCUCAGGCUUCUCUUGGCAAAAAAGCGAAAAAGGAGGGAGUAUCUACCCUCUUGUAUGCCACCGUUGAUGACAAGAAACUCCUCCUCGGAACACUCUCUCAAGAUAGCUUCCCUCACAUCAACUUUGAUCAUCUCCUCUUCGACAGAGAAUUUGAGCUUUCCCAUAGCUUGGACAGAGGAUAUGUCCAUUUCAUUGGCCACCAGCGCAACAAGAAGAAGAAGAGGGCUAAUGAAUCUUCCAAAGUGUCUGUCUCUUUCAAUACAGGUAAGAGCGUGUUACAACCUUGUUUAGAGAGCAAAACAAAUCUGAAGAAGCAGAAAAUACACAAUGAACAUUCUGAGGAAAUCAAAGAAAUGAAUAAAUCUAUCAAAGAGCUGUCUGAAGCUGUGAAAACGCUGCAACGGAUUCUAUUGACAAAAGCCGAUCUACCAGAGGAGAAAGAAGCCCCAAAGGACAAUGAGGAGAAAGAAGAUUCUUGCAAUUUCGGAUGUAAAGAAGCCAAGGGAAACAAUGAGCAAACCAUUUUCGUUAAAGGAUUUGAAAAUCUGCGACCUAGGAAUGAAAUCAAGAAUGCAUUGACCAACUUUUUCGCUUCUUGUGGAGAGGUCACUAGGGUUUAUGUUCCUUUUGAGUGUAGAAACCACCUUCCCUUGGGGUUUGCUUUCAUUGAUCUGAGAAAUGCUAAAGGCAACGAGAAGGCGUUAGAACUAAAUGGAAGUUACAUGGGAGGAAAGGAGCUUGAGGUGACUAUGGCUUGUCGUAGAGACGAAUACUGUGGCUUUAUUGACUUUCAUGGUUGUGAUCGCUGUCAAAUGUUUCUAGCCCCCCCUGUUCGCAACCCCUCCUCGAUUAAAAAGCAUCGUAUUUAUUAUUGGUGAGAUUCACCGUCUACUUCCUUUUGGCAUCAUCCCUUACAGACGAACCGCAGCUAAUAUUGGUCUUUGGUGCUACUCUGUGUUUAUCUAUCAGCUGCAUCAAACCUUUUUUAUUUGACUAAUUUAUGUAGCAUAUUUCAUGUGUUCGUCAAAUAAAAAAAGUUGAUGACAAGAAAUUCCUAUGGUGUCCAAUCAUAUAUGGUGUCUUUCAA